AUGUCCGCCCCUGCUCCCACCCGCCGCAUCGCGGCCCGUCAUCUUACCCUCUUCUCCAUGUACGUCCCCGCCAUCGCCGCCGCCCUCGAACCCCGCUCCUCCGUCGCCAUCGUCGGCAUCGAGUCCCACAUCUGCGUCACCCAGACCGCCCUCGAUCUCCUCGCCGCCGGCCACGCCGUCUACGUCCUCGCCGAUGCCGUGAGCUCUUGUAACCCCGAAGAGGUCCCCGUCGCUCUUCGCAGGCUCGCCGCCGCCGGCGUCGCUGUCACCACGACCGAGUCGUGGAUCUACGAGGUCAUGGGCGACGCUUCCAUCCCCGCCUUCAAGGAUGUGAUCAAGAUCGUCAAGGACUCCGGUGAGGAUACCAAGAUUGCUCUCAAGGCUCUGACUCCUAGGAUCUGA